CGCGUUCUCGGGCCCCUGUGUGUAUCUGCGGAGAGCGGAAGCAGCGCUGUGUAUUGUCUGUGGGGAGGAAAAGGAAGGAGGAACCGGGGGUGAAGGAGGGUUCGGGCUUGCAGACUGCUGUUUCGGUUAUCGGAACCCCUUGCCCGGUGCAGACCGAGCCCCACACAUGACGCCUCCCCACCUCUGCAGUAUCCCUGAAAUCUCCUUCAAUCCCCAUUGUUUCUCCUAUGCUAAGGGCUUCGGGCAUUGGUGUUGCUGAGCGGUUCCCGGCCUGACUAAGAACACGGGGAAGAAAGAAGUCCCGGACAGCGCCGGUGCAUGAGGAAAGGCCUGAAGCCCCGCUGCACACACAGGCUGGGAAACCGCACAAUAGAAUUUGUCCCUUCCUCUUCCUACUAGUCCUGUCUCCUUUAUUUCCCACGCACUAUCCACGCUCUUCCCAGUGGCGAGAAAUAUGUCCAAAGGUGGCGGCGAAGGAGCUGGAGGAGGCAGUGGAGGGCUCACUUGGGUGACACUUUUUGAUAAUCAGAACAACGCAUCGAAAAAGGAACUAGCAGAAAGCAAUAAUAAAAACGACUCCAAAAAGAUGUCGGUAGAAAGAGUUUAUCAGAAAAAGACCCAACUUGAGCACAUACUUCUGCGACCUGACACGUACAUUGGAUCCGUGGAGACAGUUACUCAGUCCAUGUGGGUUUAUGAUGAAGAGGUUGGAAUGAAUUGCCGUGACAUAACCUAUGUACCAGGUUUAUAUAAGAUAUUUGAUGAAAUCCUUGUAAACGCAGCUGAUAAUAAACAAAGAGAUAAAAAUAUGAACUGCAUAAAAAUUUCUAUUGAUCCUGAUUCAAACAUCAUCAGCAUUUGGAAUAAUGGUAAAGGAAUACCAGUGGUUGAACACAAAGUGGAGAAAAUGUAUGUCCCUGCUUUAAUUUUUGGCCAGUUAUUAACAUCUAGCAACUAUGAUGAUGAAGAGAAGAAAGUUACAGGAGGGCGAAAUGGAUAUGGUGCUAAACUCUGCAAUAUAUUCAGCACAAAAUUUACUGUGGAGACAGCUUGUAAGGAAUACAAGCAUAGCUUUAAACAGACAUGGACAAGCAACAUGUUGAAGACAACUGACCCCAAAAUUAAAUAUUUUGAUGGAGAUGACUACACAUGCAUUACAUUCCAGCCAGAUUUAGCCAAGUUUAAAAUGGAAAAACUGGACAAGGAUACUGUGGCUCUUCUGACAAAACGAGCAUACGAUGUUGCAGGCUCCCUCAAAGGAGUGAAAGUCAUGCUCAAUGGAAAAAAGCUCCCUGUAAAUGGCUUCCGCAGUUACGUAGAUCUUUACGUAAAGGACAAACUUGAUGAAACUGGCGUUGCCCUUAAGGUAACCCAUGAAGUUGCAAAUGAAAGAUGGGAUGUGUGUUUAACGUUGAGUGAAAAGGGAUUCCAACAAAUCAGUUUUGUGAAUAGUAUUGCUACCACAAAGGGUGGUAGACAUGUAGAUUAUGUGGUAGACCAAAUUGUGUCAAAACUUAUUGAAGUGGUGAAGAAGAAGAACAAAGCUGGUGUCUCUGUGAAGCCCUUCCAGGUGAAGAAUCACGUUUGGGUUUUUGUCAACUGCUUGAUUGAAAACCCAACUUUCGAUUCUCAAACUAAAGAAAACAUGACACUCCAGCCUAAAAGUUUUGGGUCCAAAUGUCAGCUGUCAGAAAAAUUUUCAAGGGCGGCAUCUAACUGUGGCAUUGUAGAGAGCAUUCUAAACUGGGUUAAAUUCAAAGCCCAAACGCAGCUAAAUAAGAAAUGUUCCUCUGUAAAACACAGUAAAAUUAAAGGCAUUCCCAAGCUUGAUGAUGCUAAUGAUGCAGGUGGAAAACAUUCCCUGGACUGCACAUUGAUAUUAACUGAGGGAGACUCUGCCAAAUCUUUAGCUGUUUCAGGCUUAGGUGUCAUUGGACGAGAUCGGUACGGUGUAUUUCCGCUAAGAGGAAAAAUUCUCAAUGUUCGAGAAGCUUCCCACAAACAGAUUAUGGAAAAUGCUGAGAUAAACAACAUCAUUAAAAUAGUUGGCUUGCAGUACAAAAAAAGCUAUGAUGACAAUGAAUCCCUUAAAACCUUGCGUUAUGGAAAAAUUAUGAUUAUGACAGAUCAGGAUCAAGACGGUUCACAUAUCAAAGGCUUAUUGAUUAAUUUUUUCCAUCACAAUUGGCCAUCUCUACUGAAACAUAGUUUCCUUGAAGAAUUUAUCACACCGAUUGUUAAGGCUACAAAGAAUAAACAGGAGCUUUCAUUCUACAGUAUUCCUGAGUUUGAAGAAUGGAAAAAACAAACGGAAAACCAAAAAUUGUGGAAGAUAAAGUAUUACAAAGGUUUGGGCACCAGCACUGCGAAGGAAGCAAAGGAAUACUUUGCAGACAUGGACAGGCACAGAAUUAUAUUUAGAUAUGCAGGCCCUGAAGAUGAUGCAGCUAUCACACUGGCUUUUAGCAAAAAGAAAAUUGAUGACAGAAAGGAGUGGCUCACAAACUUUAUGGAAGACAGGAGACAACGGCGACUUCACGGAUUGCCUGAGCAAUUCUUAUAUGGCACAGCUACAAAACACUUGACUUACAAUGACUUCAUUAACAAGGAGCUUAUUCUUUUUUCAAACUCUGAUAAUGAGCGAUCUAUUCCAUCUCUUGUUGAUGGUUUUAAGCCUGGGCAAAGAAAAGUUUUGUUUACUUGUUUUAAGAGGAAUGAUAAACGGGAAGUCAAGGUUGCUCAGCUGGCUGGUUCUGUUGCUGAAAUGUCAGCUUACCAUCAUGGAGAGCAAGCCCUGAUGAUGACAAUCGUAAAUCUUGCCCAGAACUUUGUGGGAAGUAACAAUGUGAGCUUGCUGCAGCCCAUUGGUCAGUUUGGUACUCGACUUCAUGGUGGAAAAGAUGCUGCCAGCCCACGUUAUAUUUUCACAAUGUUAAGUCCUCUGGCAAGAUUGCUUUUUCCAUCCGUGGAUGAUAACCUCUUGAAGUUCCUUUAUGAUGAUAACCAGCGUGUAGAACCAGAGUGGUACAUUCCUAUUAUACCCGUUGUUUUAGUUAAUGGAGCAGAAGGAAUUGGUACUGGAUGGGCAUGCAAACUGCCCAAUUAUGACACGAGAGAAAUUGUCAAUAAUGUGAAGAGAAUGCUGGAUGGUCUUGAUCCACAUCAAAUGCUUCCAAGCUACAAGAAUUUUAAAGGUGCGAUUCAAGAACUGGGACAGAAUCAGUAUGCAAUGAGCGGUGAAAUAUAUGUGCUGGACCGGAACACAGUUGAAAUUACAGAACUUCCUGUUAGGACAUGGACCCAGGUUUACAAAGAACAAGUUUUGGAGCCCAUGCUCAAUGGAACAGACAAAAAUCCUUCAUUGAUCUCUGAUUACAAAGAGUACCAUACAGACACAACUGUGAAAUUUGUUGUCAAAAUGACAGAAGAAAAGUUGGCACAGGCGGAAGCUGCAGGCUUGCAUAAAGUCUUUAAACUUCAAACUAGUCUCACGUGCAAUUCUAUGGUAUUGUUUGACCACAUGGGCUGUCUAAAGAAAUAUGAAACUGUGCAGGACAUUCUGAAGGAAUUCUUUGAUCUCCGGUUACAUUAUUAUACCCUGCGCAAAGAAUGGCUGAUAGGAAUGCUGGGAGCUGAAGCUGCAAGACUGAACAACCAAGCACGUUUCAUCCUAGAGAAGAUACAAGGCAAAAUCGCUAUAGAGAACAAAUCCAAAAGAGAUCUUAUUCAGAUGUUGGUGCAGAAAGGAUUUGAGUCAGACCCUGUGAAAGCUUGGAAGGAGGCACAAGAAAAAGCAACAGAGGAGGAUGACCUUGAAGAUCCGAAUGAAGACAAUUCUUCGGACUUUGGCACUGGAUCAGGACCAGAUUUUAACUACAUUCUGAAUAUGUCUCUAUGGAGCCUUUCAAAGGAAAAAGUAGAUGAGCUUGUCAGACAGAGGGAUAUAAAGAGCAAAGAACUUAAUGACCUCAGGAGGAAGUCUCCAUCUGACCUGUGGAAGGAAGACUUGGCAGCUUUUGUUGAAGAGCUAGAUAGGGUGGAAGCUCAAGAAAAGGAAGACGCCAUGGCUGGGUUUGCAGGCAAAGCAAUAAAAGGCAAAAUUGGCAAACCCAAAAUGAAAAAAUUACAGCUUGAGGAGACUUUGCCGUCUCUUUAUGGCAGGAGAGUAGAGCCCCAAAUCAGCGCAAUGAAGGCAGAUGCCAGCAAAAAGAUGCUAAAGAAAAAGAAGGGUGAAAUGGACUCUAUUGCACUGAAAAUGGAGUUUGAUGAGGAAUUUGGCUCUGCACCAGCAGAGGGAGGUGCAGAAGAUUCCCUGACCACCACUCCGGUAAAACCUGUAAAGCCCAAAAGGGAAAAAAAAGAACCUGGUCCUCGAGCCAAAAAGAACAUAUUAACACCCAAGUCAUCAACCAAGAAAGGGAAAAAGCGAAACCCUUGGUCAGAUAAUGAGUCGAAAUCAGACAGUGACCUGGAAGAAGAUGAGCCAGAAUCCUUGGUCAUUCCUCGGGACUCUCUCCUAAGGAGAGCUGCUGCUGAAAGACCCAAGUACACAUUUGAUUUCUCUGAAGAGGAAGAUGCAGACGAUGAUGACGAUGAAGGUGUCAUUACCCGCAAUAAUAAUAAUAUUGAUGACUUAAAACCGCCAUCUUCUCCUGCUGCAAAUAGUCGGGAUGAAGAUGAUGAUGUGCUCUCUGACAGUCAAGAAAAAGAUGACUAUGAUUUCCCUUCUUUCAAGUCUACCCCAGCCACACAAAAGCCUUCAGAAUCACAAAAGAAAAAAGACAACAUCUUUUCAUCUUCUUCAUUUUCAGAAAAAGUAGAAGAUGCUGCAAAAUAUAACAGUGACGACGAUGAUGAUGAUGACGAUGAACCCUCCCCACUAUACUCUUCAUACUCCUUAAAAACUUCAGAGAAAAAAGCAGGCAAAGGAUCUAGUAAGAAAGAACCUGCAAAAUAUAACAGUGAUGAUGAUGAGGAACCCUCCCCUCUGUACUCCUCAAAUUCCUUCAAAUCUACAGAAAAGCCAACUAGCAAAGGAUCUAGUGCGAAAGAAUCCACCAGAUAUAACAGCGAUGAAGACGAUGAUGACGAUGUACCGUUUUCCUCAUUCGUUUUUAAAUCUUCAGAAAAAUCAGCAAGUAAAGGUUCUAGCAAGAAAUCAAAAACAUUGUCAGACGGCCCUAAACCAAAACGGCCGCCUAAGCCAAAGAAGUCUGAGACGUCGUUGAAUUCUGAUUGUGAUUUAUUAGACUUUGGUUCAUCAAAGAAAUCUGCAACACCCAAAGCAAAAGGAAGAGGAAGGAAACGAAAAACAUCUGGUUCAGAAAAUGAAGGCGGAUACAAUUCUGGGAAAAAACCCACAAAACCUGCAUCUUCAGGCAAAAAAUCCAAGAAAGCCUCAUUUGAGCAGGAUUCCGAUGAUGAUCUCUUCCCUACAGAAGUCGCCUCUGAGACCAACACGUCGAGGCAAAGGCCUGGCCGGGCAAGGAAAGAAGUCAAAUAUUUUGCAGAGUCCGACGAUGAAGACGAUUUUGCUAUGUUUUAAUUAUGUGCCCGACGAGCACAAACCAUUUCCCCCUCCCCCAACAAGUAUCUUGUGUAGUCCCUUUUGUCCCACCCCCCCGCAGACUUUUGUACAUUGUCUUAUUUUAUGUGAUGAUGUAAUUGAUGGUUUUUAUUAUUGUGUAGAACAUUUUAACAUUUUGUUGUUACACAUACAGUUUUAUGCUCUUUUUUACUCAUUGAAAUGUCACGUAUUUGUCUCAAUUUGGCUUGUAGAAAUGUUUUAGACUGCCGCGCUGAAGCGCACAUUUUAAUUGUCCCGGAUGAACUAAAGAAAAAAAACGGAAAAAAAAAAAAAAGAAAAAAUGGCAAAACCGCUUUUUGAAAUGAAGUUUAAACAUUAAAAAAAAAAAUAUAUAGUAAAAAGCUGUCUGUUUUACUUUAGUUUGCUAAUAAUAAAAUACGUGGAAAGUUUUAAAAUAAAUAUAUUUUAUUCUUUGCCAGGAGACUCCAUGGAAAAAAGGUAAACAGUAUAUGAACAUAGAAAGCAUCGUUAAACAAUCUCAAUGUACAAACGGAGCCAGUGAAGUCACAUCACAGACUUGCUAAAAUAUCCCAAGAAAAUCCACUAGUGCUUUAUAUGAGACCUACAACCACAUUUGUACUGUGUGAACUCUUCUACGGUGGCAACACUCACUGUGAUCCAAACGGGGGGUUUAAAAGGGGGGGGGGGGAAGCAGAUUUCCUGCUUGGAACUUGAGUUAAAAAGGCAGUUGCAGUUUUGGUGAUUUUUGGCCAGAUUGUGCGUCAACUGGAAGAGACUGCUUGGUGCUUACACUCCUGCAAGUCUGUGCUAAUGUUCAAGCAACUCCUAUGUAAUGAGCAAGAUAUGAAGCAUCUGAGUUACCUCACCGGAACAGGAAGCUGCCCUACAGAACAGGAAGUGAUGCAUGCUUCGGAAUUUGAAUUCAGCGAUGUCUCGUCACUUUUCAGCUGAUGCGCACUAACAUUGGAGCAAUCUAUGUUUUAGCCACCGAAUCGAUUAAGGAUGAUGGCACACGGGGUGAUUUUGGGUUCAGUGUUUAUAGACCACAUAGUGCCCAAACCCUCUUUCUAUUCACUUGCAUGUAAGUUGCCUGCAGAUGUCUGUGAAAGUGCUUAUCAGGCAAAACACUGCUCCAUGCAACUGUCACCUGAUAAAUGCCAGCACAAACUUUUUGCCUUUGUGAGAAUAAUCAGACCUGUGUAUAGGGUUGUAGGCUUGUGUGCAAGCAAGACCUUUUUUUUUUUCCUGGGAACGACCGUGUUUCAUUCAGGGAUCUCAUAUGCUAUAACCUCUCAAAGUAGUGAAUGACAUACAAACAUCUUUCUAAUGGCUUGUGACGAGUAAACAUGAAAACAAUGUAACACUGGAAAGUGCCUCGGAGGCUCUCGUUACUGCAGUAAUGCAACUGGAGCUCGCUGCUCCGUCGCAUCUCAUCUGCCCGUUAUAAAGUGACUGACAGUUUUACAAUGACAUUUCCUCUAAGCGGAACAGGCAGUUGCUCUGAUAGCAAACUCUUCAGAUAAUGCAGUGAUCGUUUCCUCACACGGCUAAGGUAGGCGAUACGGAGUAAAAGCAGCAAAGGUCGUGUGGAUAGAGAGGAAUUUCAUCGUAACUAAGGGAUCUCCUCUGGACAUGGACGACAGUCCGUUUUGUUACCUUCAUGUUUGCGAGACAGAAGGAAAGCACCAAAUAUCCAGCAAAGAGGACAGAACAGUAAAUAUGUACAAGAUCUCCAGAAUAGUCAACUUUUUGUUUUUUUCACAAGCAAUCUUCAAAGAUCAUGCAGUCUGCUGAUCGGAAGAGAAAAUAAACGCUAUCUUUCUUGUUCUGUAAAA